CGGCUGGGAUUGCGAGCUAGGGCAUUUGAAACCCUCGCGAUCUCUCGCAAUCGAUUCAAUGGAAGUUCCCGCAGGAGCAGCUGGAGGAUUGCUGUCAUCCGUGAAGCCUCCACGGAUCGAGGAUGCGGGUCUGGAGGACACGGCAUUGAGCCCCGAUGGAAUCCAGGAAGCAUUCCGGCUUGCGGCGCAGAAGGUCCGAUCGGCAGUGUUUGGCGAUGACGAUGAUGAAGGCAGCCCUGGUCCUUGCGCUGAAGCUCCGAUCCCUGGCUAUACGCAGUGGGAGGACGCACUGGUAGACGAUGCCGCGCGCGAGCAGCAGGGACGAGAGGGACGGAGCUGCGUGGAUACGCUCGCUGGGGGGCUGAUCGAGGAAGGGCGAGACGUGGUGGUGGAUGGGCGGAGGAAUGGCGGCGGUGUGGAGGAGGACAGGGUUGUGGAGGGGGAAGCGGCUGGGCCGAGGCUGGGCGAGAGCGGAUGUGUCAAGGGAGAGAGUAGCGAGAUUCCGGCCUUGGAAAAUCUUUGUCUUUGAACUAUUCUAAUACUUGUUAAGUAUUAAUCUUGUUUUAAUUUAUUAGAUUUAUUGCAAUCCCAGAUAA